AUGGAUGACUUAUACUUCAAUGCCGAUAAGUGCCGAUGGAGGGAGAUCAUUCGCCCAAGAGGCAUAAACCAUUGGCGUGUCAGAGGUGUCGCUCUCGAAAGCAAAAAACCCUGUGAUAACUGCACAACGGCCAAUAAAGAAUGUGUAUCAAGUGAACCGGUCACACAAAGGGCUCGUGUCAGUGCCAAAUAUGCUAGAGCACUCGAGGAGAGGAUUAUAGACCUUGAGUCCCAAGUAGGACAGAGAGAGCAUAUUACGCCGGUCAUCCGACAAGAAACAGCACCGGAUACUUCCCGCCCAAGGAACGAUGGACUUUGGUCAAACAAGAGAACAUUCGAGCGUGCAAUUUCAGAGAAUGAAUCAGACAUUGAUUCUCGCACUUCAAGACGACGGCUACAUGACGAUUCGUCCCAGCAUGGGUCAUCUUCAAAUCCACAAGUAGCCCAGGUUCCUUCAGUAUCUACCACACCAAACCAGACACAGCCACUACCAGAAUCGAAUUCCAGAGAUGCAUUACCCGACGCUCAAGGCCAAUGCGGACACCCAAGCUUGUUGAUUGGUAUAAUAGCCACUUUGGCGAAGUCUGGUUCUUGUAUAUCUCCACAUACUGAAACACCAACCACCAGCAUAUCAUCUCCGUUCAUAACCCAGAUAUCCCAAUCAGAUCGUCCACUUAGCCUUUCAAAGGAGAUAUCUGAUCGUUUGGUUCAAAUUUAUCUUGAGAGAGUCAAUCCACGAUAUCCUUUCCUUCAUCUCGAUACAUUCCUCAGCUGGUAUGAAUCGUGGAAGGCUCAGUCACAUCUGAAUCGGGCUAGACGCCAUCAUGGUCUAUGGAAGGACUAUUUCGUUACCAUGGUGCAUGCUGUUGCCCUACUCUUGACGCCUCGGGUCUCUGAAAGUGACAUCGCCUCAUCUCAGUCUCUUUAUAACACUGCCAUGGAAUAUCUUGGCUACGUAUUCGCAGAGCCUGAUCCCAUCUUACAUGCUCAAGCAUACCUACUUUUAACAUUGCAUGCACUUCACUCGCCCUCAUCACAAAUGAUUAUCACCAUGAUAUCCGCAACGAUGAGGUACUGUGUCAUGGCCCAGCUUCAUCUAGCCGAGAGUGAGCCAAAAGGACCGAAUCCUGCUUUCUCGUUGGAGGUCCAAACCCGCCGCCGAGUAUUCUGGUCUGCAUAUGCUCUGGAUCGAUUAAUCAGCUGGAUCUAUCAUAUCCCAAACAAUAUCAUCGACGAGCAUAUUAGCGUGGAGCUCUUCUCAAACGUCGGAGACGCAGACCUUCACCGCGAUAGCUCAGACGACAGCCGUAUCAGAAUAGAAACACCAUCCCAAAAAACCCAUGUCUCGCCCGCACUACAUCUAUUCCGGUGCAGGCGUAUCCAAUCCCGCAUCUUAAGUACCUUACUGCGAUCAGACUUCGAAGAGAUAAACGCCUCGACAACAUGGCGAGAGCACAUGCUAGGAGAAUUAGACACAUGGAGAUCACAACUCCGUCUGCUGAGCGACGUGGCAUCGAAAAGCUACACGAGUGACCGAUGGGUCGGCAUGGCAUACAACUAUACCAUCCUCCUCCUUCACCAGCCCACCAAAGAAAAUGUCUGUAACGGCUUUGGAGACCGUUCCGUCCCGGCUUGUGUUCAAAUUGCUAUGACGUUCAGAACAUUUCAAAAAGAUCGACAGACCGCUCAAUUAUGGCCUGGGCUCCUUAGCCAAGUUGCUGUAGGAAUAACACUUCUCUACUGUUUCUGGGCAACACCACCCCAACACCAGACACCGGCCUAUAAAUCACGCGAAGUCCCCGAAGCACUACGAGCGUGUUCAACGGCGCUAGCCAUUCUUGCUGAAAGAUGGAUUCAAGCUGAGCCGCUGCGUGACGUGUUUGAUACGUUAGCUCGAGAAAUACCUGUCUGCGGACUGGUCGUUGAUGAUCUACCGAGACGGAUCUCGGGGGAGGCUGCUUCUUAUGUCCAGUCCCAGAUACCGUUGCUCGCCUCUAUAAUUAUGCAUCGGGGGGUUAUGCGCAUGAUCCAUGAGAUUGUUACGGAGGAUUUCCCUGGUGGGUUUGCCGAUCCGCAUCAUCCGGUCUUGUCUGCUGGGUUGGGGGAUCAUUUGUGUUCUAUUGAAUGUCCUUUUUUCCGAGGGUCUGGUCAUGCUGCAACUCUCGCGGUGGAUUUCCCAGGCUUUGAUUCCUUUGAGGAUGGAAUUGGGGGUGGGUUUGGGGUUGAUGAUGAGACUUUGAUGUUUCCUCUUCUCUUUUGGGUCUGCUGA